AUGGAAUUCCUGGGCACCACCCAGACGGCCAGCUACUGCGGACCGAAGAAGAGCUGCCUGCUGCCAGAGGUGACCCCCACCAGCCUCAGCCAUGACAGCUACCAGGCUUACUACCUGCCAGGCUAUCGCUACCUGAACUCAUGGAGGCCCAGCCUCUUCUACAAGGUCUCUGCUUUCCGACCCAGCGAUGAGGGGGCCGGUCGCCUCAGUGCCCCAUUGCGUCCCCCGACCAUCCUGCCCUCAGUGAGGUCGUCUCUCUAUGCCCGCUACAGUCCCCACGACUGGUACAAAGCCAACGCCAUGCAGAUCAAAGGGUCGGAGGCCUACCGGCACUGGGCUGGGCGGCUGAACGCGGACAGUGCGCGGCUCAUGCAAGACAAGGACCAGCUGACUUGGCAGCAGCAGGAGGAUUCUGGGAAAAACCUCGGACAGAGGCUAGCCGACAUCGAUUUCUGGCGGUCCGAGCUGACCUAUGAACUUGAGCGGCUGUUGCAUGAUACCCGUGCACUGGACACGGCCAAGCGGCGGCUGGAGUGUGCGGCUGAUGAGGCCCAGGGGCCUUUACAGGUGGCCUUGGAAUGCUUGUACAAUCGGGAGAAACGGAUGGGAAUUGACUUGGUCCACGAUCACGUGGAAAGGAAUCUCAUACAGGAGGUUGAUUUGAUCAGGGCGUGCCAAGAGAAGAUGAGAAAGCUUGCAGAAAGAAUCGACCAGCAGAUUAACCUUAACAGAGAUGCUCAGCAUGCGCUGGAGAGGGAUCUCGGUGAUAAAAGUUCAGCUCAUUUUAUUGAUGAGAAAUGCUAUAAUUUGAGGAAUACUUCGGACAGCAUCAACUACUACCAUGGAAUUGAGAAAAUCGAUGGGACAGUCUCAGUCCCUGAAACGUGGGCAAAGUUUAGUGAUGACAACAUCCGGUAUUCCCAGAAUGCCCGAGCCAACUCAGCCAUACUCUGCGAGGAAGCGAACCACACCCUGGAAGUCACUUCGGAUGAUAUGUGGAAACAGUGGACCGACAGCAACUUGGUCUUUACCUCUCGCAUAUCAGAAAUUGCAGAUGCCAAGAACCAGCUGCAAGCACAGCUGGCGAAGACUCUUCAAGAAAUCUUCCAGACAGAGAACACCAUCAUGUUACUGGAAAGAGCCAUCAUGGCCAAGGAGUGUCCGUUGAAGGUGGCCCAGACCCGUCUGGAAGCGAGGACCCGGCGGCCAAACAUGGAGCUGUGCCGGGACGUCCCCCAGUUCAAGCUGGUGAACGAAGUGUUCACAAUCGACGACACCCUCCAGACCCUGAAGUUGCGCUUGCGUGAAGCCCAGGAUACUCUCCAGCUGCUGAUCCUGAACAAGUCGAAACUGGAGCACGACCUGAUGGUGAAGGCCAACAGCCUGUUCAUCGACAAGGAGAAGUGCAUGGGGAUGCGGAAAACCUUCCCCAGCACGCCUCGCCUGGUCGGCUACACCUGA